AAUCCCCCUGAAGCUCAGAUUAGCUAUGAAGAGAAGAUCUCUUGCAUUGUCCAUCCUCUUCCUCUUUUUAUUCUGCUUUCCCUUCUCAUCAGAUUCUCAGAAACUCAAUCCAUCGACAAAACAAGCCCAUGAUGUUACAAUCAAAGACAUAAAAGGAGAAGAACAAGAUAAGAGCAUCGACAUCUUCCGGGCAGGUAGAGGAGCUCAUGGAGUUACAGGUGGAAGAGGAGGCGGAGGCCGGAAAGUAUCUCCGAAACGCAACGCUGCCAUGGACUAUCGGCCACCGUUGUUCUUCUCCGCCUCCGCCGUUCUCUUUACCGGUUUUAUAAUGCUUUCAUUAACUUCUUUCGACGUGUCAAUAAGAUUGUUAUGUUGUGCCUAAAUGUCUUUAAGAUCUGAAAGUGUAUCAUACGUUGUU